AUGUUCCGUCGCUAUUUUACAUGCAUCAAAACUAGUGAGCCAUUAAUCAAUUCGAAUAAAUCAUCUCCAUCAUCAUCAUCAUCAUCAAGUCGUGAUUUAUUCAGAACGAAUUUGAUAAAUAGCCAAUCAAAUCUUUCUACUGUUAAAGUGAACCCGGUGAAUAGAUUACUGAAACGUAUAACAUCCCCAACAACUAUUAAUUCCUUAUCUUCUAUUGCUUUUUCCACUUCCUCUAAUAACGAUCCAUAUAAUUUUGAUCUUUUGUGUAAUUCUCCUACUUCAUCAAUAAUUUCUAAUGAAGCUGAUCAUCAUCAGAUGAUCAUCACCUCUACUACUACUAUUACUACUACUACUACUACUGGUCCUACUACUGCUACUGCUGUUCUUCCUAUUCUUCCAUCUUCUUGUUGGAAUACUAUACAAUCGUCUAUCAGUAAUUUGACAUUAAAUAAUGACAAUACUACAAUAUCAUCAAGUGAUUUAUUUUUAUUUUCAAAAUCUGAACAAAAAAAAUUUGCUGAUUUAUGUAUUAAUAUUCUUAAUAACGAGAAUGAUGAUAAUAAUCCCAUCAUUAGUUCGCCCAAUUCUCCAAUUUCCUCUAAUCUUAUAUGGAAUACUACUCAUACUAUAAGUGGUAAGAAUAAGAACCACAACAACGAACGAGCAGCUAUAUCAUCAGUGACAAAAGAACAUACAAUGAACAAUAAUAAUAAUAAUAAUAAUAAUAAUAAUGCUUCAUCUAAUUAUUCUGCUGUUAAAGUUAAUUCAAAUGAAACGCCUACUAGUUUAGUAAAGCAACCAGUUCAUCCAAGAACAACAUUAAAAUGUCCGUUUUGUGAUAAAGUAUUCAGUAAUUCCAGUGCUAUCGCUAAGCAUAAGCUAACACAUAGUGAAGAACGUAAAUACAUUUGUAUUGUAUGCCAUAAAGCUUUCAAACGUCAAGAUCAUUUAAAUGGUCAUAAGUAUACACAUGAAAGUCGUAAACCGCAUGCGUGUCAUUUCUGUGAUAAAUCCUAUAGUGAUUCACGUUCACUUCGACGACAUUACGAAAAUGCUCAUCCCGAAGAGAAUGAACGUUGGAUGUUAUUAUGUCAAGCAACAAAUGGUGAUACAAGUGCCUUAUCUAUCGCUGCUGCAGCUGCUGCCGCUCUACUUUCCUCAUCAGCAGCAGCGGCGGCAGCUGCUGCAGCAGCGACGACAGGGCUUGAUGCUGAAUCUUCACUAUCUCGCGAUGGUGGUGGUGGUAAUGCUGACGGCAAUUCCGAUAAUGAUAACAACGCUUCAUCGUUAGCCAUAUUGAAUGCCUUGAGUAAUAGUACAUCGGCAUCAUCAUCAUCUUCAGCUGGCAGUACUGGCGUUGUUUCUUCUGCAAGUGUAAACAAAUUAAUUGAAUUGGGUAAUCAAACUGGCCUAUCACCUGCUGCAUUAGUCGCUUUAGUCGCUUCUACAGGUUCUACGUCGGGUCUUUCUUCAAGCUUACAACAAUUAGAUCAUUCUAAUUCAUCGACUUGCGUAUCUAAUGGUGCUAAGUCAUCAAAACAGUCAAUAUCAUCGACUAGUCAAAAUGCUAGCGAAAAAUCUCUACGUCCCAAUCGUUCGUCAUCAUCAUCACCGCCAUCACGAUUUGUCUGUCGUUCACCGAAUCCUUUCUCUAAACCAAUCUCUCCAAAUAACAAUAAUAAUGAUAAAAUGAUGGAUAUCAAUAUGGAAAGUGAGAAUGCAAUAAAUGUAAUCACUGAUGAGUUAUCGGACACCACCACAACAACAACAAUAUCAACAACAACUGGAACACUGACACCAACCAUAACAAAUACAAUUUUUAAUAAAACAUUAUUUACUAAUGAUGCCAGCAUUAAUCAUCAUACAAAUACUGUAACAAUUAAUAAUUUUUCCUUGAAUCCAAUUGAAGUAGCAAAUGCUGCCAAAGUUGCUUUACUUAUGGCACAUCCAUUAGAAGAACCAAAACGUGUAGCAUGUGCUAUCUGUGCAAAACGUUUUAAAAAUCAAUCUGCUCUAAAUGGUCAUAUGCGAUUACAUGGUGGUUAUGGACCGGCUGGUUUGAUUGGAGGGAAUAACACCUCCACCACCACGACAACGACAACAGUAACAACGACAUCACAAUCAAAUCAAACCUAUACUGCUACUACUACUAUUGAUAGCAGUAGUAAUGAUAAUCAAGAAAGUAAUAAAGCAAUACAUUUUAAUUUAUUUCAAACAAGCUCUGGUCAUAUCAAGAAAAAUAACAAUGUUUCAGAUUCCAAGAAAAAAGGCUAUUCAACAUCUAGUGAUAUAGACUCUUUGAAGUCGUUCGGUUUAAAAUCUCAUCCAAAGGGAUUUACAGCAUCACAAAAUAGUUACGACUCUGUUUUAUCAAGUAUUGGUGGAACAAAUACUAGGCCUACUACAUUUGUGAUGACUACAGCUGCUUCUUCAAAUCCUUCCACUUCGACCGAUCUGUCGACAACAAGAUCUACUAAUACAACAGUAACAUCGAAUAAUCCCAUUAAAAAUGUCAAUUCACCUAGUUCCGCUCUAUUUGACUUGGUUAAUACAUCAUCAAAUACUCCAGAUUUGAAAAUGCAGUUGUCUAAUAGUCAUGAUCAUCGUCAUCAUGCUAUGAAUAGUAAUAUUAAUAAUGAUAAUAAUACUUGGUCAUAUCCACUUAACAAACAAAAAUUAGAAUCAUCCUAUAACACUUCAUUAAUUGAUCAUUGUUGUAAUAGCCCUAAUAUGUUAAGUCAACAGCAAAAGUCACAGUUAACAUUUGAUCAUCAAAAUGAGGCUUUAUCAAAUACUGUGGUUAGUUGUCAUCAUUGUCAACCUCAUCAGCCUCUGUCAACAUCAGCAUCUUCAUCAUCUAUUCAUGAUAGCUUAUGGUUAUCACAACAUGAUGAUCAUACAUCAGGACAACAACAAUUGUUUCGCAUAAAUUCGUCAGAAUUUGAUCAUAUUGUUGAUAUUAUUAAAAAAGAUACUCAUAUUACUAAUAAUACUAUUACUGAUAAUGACAGUAUUAAAAAUCGUCGUCAUGUACCAGUUGAUGAAUUAUCUAUGUUAAAAUUCGGUUCAGCAUUUUCUUCAACCUCAUUGGAAAAAACUACCACACCAGUAUCAACAACCACAUCGAAUAGCAGUUGUUCAUUAUUAUCACGAAAUGAAGAAUUUCCUCUGACAAUGAGCACAUCGUUUCUGUCUGAAGCAUCAAUGUUAAUAACAGACCAGGGUACAACGCCAUCAAUAAAACAUACAUGUUUACCAUCAUCAAUUCAUUGUUUAUCUAAUGCAAUCACUACUACUUGUAGUAUUAAAUUUCUCAAUUCUUCAUCACAACGAUCUGAAUUAUUUGGUUUAAUGAAUAAUGACGAUUGGUGGCAUCCUAUUUCAAACCAUGCAAGUAGUAAUAAUGAUACUAAUGUACAGUGUCCAAUAGAUAUGCAUAUAUUUGACCAGAAAUGGCCAUCUAUCGAACAUGUCCAAUCAUCGAAUAAUGAUAAUAAUAAUUUAAAUGUGUUAGCAAAUUUUCAAUUAAAGAAUACUACAAGUACUGCUGCUUUUUUUGAUGAAAAACAUAUGAUACAUACUACUAAUAUUAAUAAUGAUAGUAAUAUUAUGCCACCAAAUAUUCAUUUGACAUCAUUAUUAAAACUGAACAACAACGAACCUCCUCAUGUCUCAUCAUCAGUUAUACUUAAUUCUUCAUCACUGUCAUCUUCACCACCACUGUCAUCCUCCUCUUGGUCAACACAACAACGAAAACAAGCUCAUAAAUCUAAUUUUCACCGUCCAAUACCUCAACCUUUACAAUUAAUUAAUGAACCGAAUUAUCAAACACAACUUGGUAUUAGCAGUCAAUAUUCACCAAUUACACCGGCACCAAUGAAUAUGUCUAUGCACACAUUAACAACAGAAUGUGGAGGACCUACUACCACUACUAUCUCAUCGUCAUCGGUAAACAUAACAACAAUAACCAACUGUAUUAAUGUUGAUUCAAAUCUAUUUAUUGCUGAACAUCAACAUCGUCCAGUAAAUAAUAAUGUUGAAUGCGACAAUUCUCACAAGUCUUCAUCGUCUAUAUGUUGUUUCGAUGCUAAUCGAUUAGGUUUGGGAAAUUUUCCCGAUUCAUUAUUAUUUCCUUCAAUGUAUAAUAAUAAUAGUGGUAAUCUAAUCGUUACUGAUAAUACUAAUACUAAUAAUAAUUUUGUAGGAAAAAUGUUUUCUCAUAUUGAUUCAUUCAAUGUUAAUAAUAACAGUAUAAAACCAUCGGAUAUUUCUAUGAUUCCAUCAAUGAAUCAUACAUUAUUAAAUCAUGAUCGUUUAUUGAAUAUAACAACACAGAAAAGAAAUUUAUCAAAACAUCAACAUUAUCAACAACAACAAAUGAAUAGUCAACAAAAUCAACAACAACAUCAUCAUCAUCAAUAUCAACAAUUGCCUGACCAACUUAAUAAUAGUAAUUGUCAUGAUAAAUUAUAUGAAUCGAAAGGUAAUUGUACCGUUUGUUAUUCACAACAUCAUCUUUAUCAUCAAGUACAACAACAAAAACAACAUUCAGAACCUAAACAAUUGAUUGAUCAUAUUGAACAACAUCAAAAUCCAUUAAAUAUUUGUCUUUUACCAUCAACAACAACAACAUCAUUAUCAUCAUCAGUUCAGUCAUUACAAUUAAACAUUCCACCGUCAAGUUCAUCAUAUUACCCUAAUCGUCAUCAAUAUCAUGAACAAGGAAAUGGUAAUGAUCAUUUUAAUAAUAAUAAUAAUAAUAAUACAAAUUGUCGACGGAAUACAGAACCAUCGUCACAUACUUGUGCUCAAUAUUCAUAUUAUCAACCUGUCGCAAACUCAUUAGGAAGCAUGGAUUUUACACGUCAAUCCACACAUGAAUUUAUUAAUACUUCUACAGUGCAUAAUAACGAUAGUAUUUUUAUACCUUCCACAUGCAUUUCAUCACUGAAUCCAAAUUGUUGUUCUGUAAUGAAUAUGACAUUAUCAUCGUGUUGUAAUUCAUCAGCUAAAACAGUAGGUACAACAACUCCACUGUCUAUUGCAACAUCUUCAAAUUUCAUUCAUGCAAUAGGUGCAACUAAUAUUACUCAUGGUUGUAGUAGUAAUCAGUACUCAUUAUCAGUGAAUGGAAAUAAUUGUUUUAAUUUAAACCGAAAUCGAUUACAGUAUAAACAACCGCUCCUUGGACCACCACUAUCGUCCACACUGCAUCUUGGACAAGAACACCUUUAUUCUAUUCCACCACCACCACAUCAUCAUCAUCACUACCACCAUCAUCAACAACAACCAACAAAGUAUCCAAUAAUGUCAUCCACCUCAUCCUCGUCGAAUCAUGGGAUUUAUUCUUGUUUGGAUAAAAUUGAUAAUUGUCGCUUUUUCAAUGGGUCAGAAUUAUUAUUGCAUAAUCAACUUAAUCAUAUGAAUGGUUCUAUACGAAAUCAUCACAAUAAUAUAAGUAAUAAUAAUACUAAAAAUAAUGUUAAUAAUAACGAUCAUAAUUACAAACAUUUAUUCCGUUGUAAUGAACAACCGGAUUCAUUUACAAAACGUACAUCUAGAAGUCAUUGCUGUUUAACCUGUUUAGAACUAGAAAGGAAACGACAUAUUUCUGCACCAGCAGUUAAUAGUAUUUCAUCACAAUCCUCUUGGCCAUCAUUAUCGUUAUCGUCCUCAUCAUCUUCAUUAUCUGUACCAUUCUCAUUAUCGUCCCAUAAUUCAUCAAUUUCACCGUUAACCUGUCCUGGCAAUCCACAGUCCCAUUUACAACCAUCAGCUUUAACGAGCCAUAAAAAUGAAUUUGUGAAUAAAUCUUAUUCCUGUCUACCGGAAUAUCAUAAUCAUCAUUAUCGUGUUCAUCAUCAUUAUCAUCAUCGCGGUCAUUAUUGCAAAGGUACUAGUUCCAGUGAAGGAGUUGUUGGUGAUCAACCAUCAAGUGAUGUCGUUGCCGAAUUGUUAAUGCAAAGCCACAUUACCGAUCCAGAUGGAUUAUCAUCGUUAACAUGUGAUAUACAUAAUUCUUGUCCAACAACACCAGAACUAUCGUUAACUCCUAUCCCAUCACCAGCACUAACACAACCACCACCACUGCCGUCGCAGCACCAAAAACCUUUAUUAGUAGCAAGAUCUACAGCAGAAACAGUUGACCAGUCAUUCUCUAUUUUAGAAGAUGAAUGUUUAUACCGACCAAUAAAUAUUAUGAACAACAUGUCAAGUAUAUUUCCAACUAAUAAAAUGACAUGUAUUCCAUCAUCGUCAUCAUCAUUUCUAGUGCCAUCAUUAUCACCGGCAACAUCACCAGUAUUACCAUUUUCAUUAUCAUCGAUAUCACAAGAAGAAACAACAUCUUUCUUUUCAUGUACUGAUUCACAUUUAAUGACUAAUUCAUUUCGUUCCAUGGAUAUAGAAGAUUUAAGUAUUGAACAACAUCAACAACAGCACUUUCCGAAAGUACCAACUCAUCAUCAUCAUCAUGAACAACAACAUCAAAAAUUGCCUAUCAGUUUACAUCUUCCAAUUACUUCUUCAUAUUCAGUGUCCAAUUUAAAUCAGUCCGAGUUAUUGGACCUGACUGUACCACCAUCGAUUACACAAAAUAAUGUUGUCAACUGUGAUAAUCACGAUGAAAUGAUCAAAAAAACAACAAAUCAGACAACAUCCAAUAAUAAUAAUAAGUAUCUUUGCGAUUCAGGAAAUGAUUCGGUCGCAGCAAAACUUUCCAAAUCAUUAGCUGAAGAUAAUUUAUUCCGUAAUCCAACAGCAUUACCGCCACCGAAAAAAAUGAAAAGUAAACCAGCGCCUAUUUCAAUUCCCCCACAAACCGGUGCAAAUUUGUCAAGAUUACGUUCUCCACGUGUAUGGAGUUCAAAACGAUCUUCGCUUAAUUCUAGUCCUCCACCAUAUACACCACCUCCAAUGCUUAGUCCAAUCCGUCAAGGUUCCGGUUUGUUUUCUUCAUUAUCGCGAUGGGUGCCAACUCCAACAGCAGUAUCAGGGGGAGGAGCAUCAGUGACGACGUCGACAGGAACUCGUUCUGUCGGGAGCGGUACACUGAUGAAUCGUCGAUUCUCAAGUUAUUAUUCAUCGAUCUCCCAUCAUAAUGACUCAGAAAUUACUACUAUUCCUAAUACUUCUACUAUGUGUGCCACUGGCAGUGGGGUCAAUAGUGGUGGUCAGUUGAAACGACGUCAUGCAAGCAGCAGUGGUACUAGGAUUAAUACCAGUGAGAUUAGCACUUCAAAUCAGAGUAUUAAUAUGGUAGAUCCUGGUAAUAAUAUAUUUACUGACCCUACUAAUACUACUACUACUAAUAAUAGUUAUGACAAUAACAACGUAAAUACAGGCUCAAUCACUGACUUGUAUAUGCGUGAUGUAAAUCGACCAAUAGCCUAUACACGUAGACGACGUCAACAACUCACACCAAAGUCCGCUCCUGUGUUAUUUCUUAACUGUAAUACGACAAAAAAUUCGGCAAAUCAAUCAAGAGAUCUUCAAGACAAUGAGUUAUCACUUCAAUCUCAACAACAAUUCUCUAACACUGAUACCGUAUUUGGUUAUGAUGAUGAGACUAUGCGCCGUUUUGCGGAAGCCGAUGAAGCUUACCGGUUAAAUAGACAAAAACAUCAAGAUAAACGCUAUUCACGUCGUCGACAUGAUACUGAGAUAAAUGCAUCUAAUGAUCAAAUCAAUCACCAUACUACUCCUACUCCUACCGAUGAUGAUAAUAAUAACAGUAAUGAAUCAAUUCUCAAUAAAACUGAUCACAGUUUCAACUUUGCUGAUGAACAGUUGUUAAAUUUUGAUAUUGAAAUGAAAAUUAAAGAGACAAACUAUUCUGAAACAACAAUACAAUUUAAUAGCGAUGUUGAAUUAGACUCGGAUCAUGAAAUGGAGGAUGAAGAGGAUGAUGACGAUGAAGAAGGUGUUCCAACUAGUAUUAUUCCGCAUAUCAAUGUUGGUCACGCUUAUCAAGCAGAAAUUCCUGAUUUUUGUCAAGAAAUUACAUCAGAUGAAACCAACAAAGAAUCACCAUCCAACUGGGAAAUGUUACUCUGGUAUCCAGCUUAUCUUGAUGAACAUGAUCCUAAGAAUAUAGAGUCAUUAAAUUUACUGACAAAAAUUGCCUGUUCACCAGCUGUACGUAAUUGUGGAUUAAAUAUGGAAUAUACAUUUCAUUUAUUAUGUAAAUAUAAAGGUGAUGUAGAAAUGACAUUACAUGCUUUAUUACGUGAUACAUUAGUUGUAUAUGAUUAUGUUUAUGCUGAAACUACGGCUUGGACAACUGAAGAGAUUGUACGCUUUCAGCAAGGUUUAGCUAUGCAUGGAAGAGAUUUUCAUCAAGUUUCAAAGGAUUUACAAGCAGCUGGAAUGAAUAAAACAGUUAAAGCAUGUGUAGAAUUCUACUAUGUAUGGAAACGAAUGAAUACACCAUCUGAUGUUAAAUGGUAUAGAGAAAGAGCACGACGUCAACGUCCACUUGCUCGUAUGGAACCGAUAAUCACAGAAGAACCAUUAUCGGAACAAUUUGAAGCUAUUGAACAAUGUAAUACAUACACAGCAGAUAUGAAUUCAAUACAAACAUUAGAUACUAAUAUUAUUAAUAAUAAUAAUUCAGUUAAUGUGCCUUAUAAUUUACGUCGUAAACAACAACAAACAACAAUAUCAGUUCAACCACCACCAUCGUCAUUAUCAACAAACUUGAAAUCAGAUUAUCAAUUGACUACUAAAGUGAAUACCAACGAUAUUGUUGUGAAUAAUGAUAACAGUAAUUCCUUGGAAAAUUCCUAUGAUGAUUUUAUGGAUAUUGUUUUCAAUGAAACUACAUCAAUUGGAUCGUUACCGAAGUAUAAUACUACUACGACUUCUGUUGUAAUGACUACAACAUCUAAUGCUGUCAUCUCUUCACAUUCUCUAUUUACAUCUUCAUCUAACUCGUCCUUAUCACCAUCAUCAUCAAUCCAAACAUCAACUAAUUCUGUCGUUGUCCUCUCUACGAGUUGCUUAUCUACUGUCACCACCACCACUACUACUACGUUCACUUCCACUGUAUCAUCAACAUUUACUUCUACAUCUCUGAGUGAUAUAAAACAUUCAAUUUAUACAUGUCAUAUAUGCAAUAAAGCUUUCAAUAAAAUCAAAUCACGCAAUGCUCAUAUGAAAACUCACAGUGAUAAAAUUAUCACCAAUAAUAAGUCACGUCGUCAAUACAUUUAA